CCCCCCUUUGCCCACCCAACCGUCACGGUUUGACGUCACCUCCGCCUCCACUGAACCCGGCCGUGUGAGCGCGCGCGCGUGCGAGCGCGAGCGACGUUUCUGUUUGGGAGGUUUUCUGUCGAGUCGACUUUGACUGAGACGAGGUUUUGUGUUUAAAGAGUUUCUCUCUACGACGAGGGCGACGUUUAAACCAUGAACGCGCCGCCGGCAUUCGAGUCGUUCCUGCUCUUUGACGGCGAGAAGAAGAUCACCAUCACCAAGGACACGAAGGUCCCCAACGCUUGCCUCUUCACCAUCAACAAGGAGGACCACACCCUGGGAAACAUCAUCCGGGCGCAGCUCCUGAAGGACCCCCAGGUGCUGUUUGCAGGCUACAAGGUGCCUCACCCCCUGGAGCACAAGGUGGUGGUGAGGGUGCAGACCACAUCGGACUACAGCCCCCAGGAGGCCUUCACCAACGCAGUCACAGACCUCAUAUCAGAGGUGUCGCUGUUGGAGGAGAGGUUCAAGGUCGCAAUGAAGGACCGCCAGGAGGGCAAUGAAUGAGUCGGAACCACGUCACGUGACCACCUAAGUCACGUGAACCACCUAUGAUGCACACCACAGACAAAGCUCCCCAGGUAGCCUCUAGCAGGGCUGCAGGGGCAAGUGCUGUUAGUGGCGAGUAGCACCACCUAUGAA